CAAAACAUAAAAAUAAGACAAAAUGAGUUCACAAACCCCGCAAAAGGUACAACUUCCCGAUGAAGAAUUGGACUGGAUACAAAUGCGCAUUGAAUCUGGACCGGUGUUUCCAGAGACAACCAAAGAAAAGAUGAUGCGUAAAAUUAAGGAAAAUCCCUUGGUACCAAUUGGAUGUAUUGCCACAGCUUGUGCCUUGGGUUAUGGUCUGUAUAAUUUCCGUACUGGCAAUCGCAGAAUGUCCCAAAUGAUGAUGAGAGCCCGUAUUGCGGCGCAAGGUUUUACAGUUGUUGCCUUGAUUACCGGUGUUGUGAUGACAUACGGAAAGAAGGAAGAUAA